AACAUUCUAGGAUAUUUUUCUGGGCGUCGCAUGUGGCGGUUAGGCCUAUAAAAAGAUGGGGCGACGUCCAAGCAUUUGAAUCCUCUGAGGGAUAGUAAGCAUUUUGAGAGAGAGAUGGCGUGUGUCAUAGCUGCAAGCUAUAUUGAGGCAUGAGAGAGAGAUGGCGUGUGUCAUAGCUGCAAGCUAUAUUGAGGCACCCCAGUUCAGGUCGAAGCCAUUGAUUCCGGUGGCGGCGGACAGCUUCCCUGUGAUCGACCUGUCUCCUAUGUUAUUAGAGAAGGAUUGUCGUGAGCCAAAGGCCAUGGAGAAACUGGUGAACCAAGUCAGGAGAGCUUUAAAAGAGUGGGGAGCCUUUCAUGUCAUAAACCAUGGCGUCCCUCUGCAAGUCAUCCCAAACAUGAGGGCGAAGUUGGCCUACAGAAUCUGUCUCCCUCCUCUAUCUUUCCUAUCUAUAUCUCUAGGCAUAUCUUUGGGGGUUAUUAACAUUUUACAGGUUUUUACUAAUGACCGAAUUGAGAGUGUAGUACACAAAGUGAUGGUAGGUGGGGAGGAAAGGUAUUCAGUAGUUCUCGCAAUUGAACCCACUCGCAAUGCGAUUAUUGAGCCUUUAGAGGAGUUCGUGAAUGAGGAGAACCCUCCCAAGUACAAGGCUUUUAUGUGGGAGAAACUGUCCACCUCUCGGAAGCUGAGUGAAUUUGUGAAGUCGGAUGUGAAAACUCUGGGAGCAUAAGCCCCUUCUCUUUGAGCCCUCAAUCCCUCUUUGUGUAUAUGUACACAUGUAUAUCUUAUUGUUUGUCUGUUUCUCUAUCUCUUAUUAAGGUGUGAAUGAGUCCCUUGUGUCCUACAUAUGGACAACUAAAGGGCUUUGUAUCUUCUUAGGAAGGAGUCGUCACUUGUUUGGAGAGGUAUGGGGUAGUAUUUACUUAGGAUGUUUGAUGUGCAUAUGAUCUUGUGCUUUUCAACCCUAAAUUUGGUUCUAGAGUGUAGCACAUGAGUGAGAGGGCUCGGAUCUUAAUUUCAAUUGUAAUGGCACUGGGAUUCAAAAUCCUAUGACAGUGACCAUUUGUAUCGAGUCGACACAAACCUAAAUCCACCAGUAAUCUGGUGUUGUGACUGAACCAUAUUAAGAAGUUUGUGUGAGGGAGUCUCUUGGUACAUCUAUAGGAUGUGCCUCUAUCAUACAAGGGUUUGUCUUCUGACUUAGAUGGUUUUGUGACUUAAAACAGUAUAGUUGAUGCCUAAGUAAGUUGUUCACCGAUGCAUGCAACUCAUUUGAAAUAGUGGAUUAGUGUGUCUGGGUUUGUGUGGAUGAUAUAUGUGAUUUAGCAUCUUCAUCAGUCUUUAAGAUAAAAUCACCAAAUCAAGCAUAACAAAGAUAAGAUAAAAAAAGAGGCAUAUCUAUGUUUCCAUGGCCAUCCAAUAUUUGAUGAAUGGGAAACCAUGUGCAUUUUGAGCUGAUAGGGUUAUUGAUGAAGAGGCAUCUAAAAUGGAUUUAUACCUUGUACUAGUAUGAGUUCAUAGCAAUCGAUCCAUGUUACGGACCGGAUAGCUCUCUUUCCUCCUUCAACUCUAGUAUUUUAUACACACGAACAUAGCAUGACUAUUGCGGGACCCAUUGAAAAAUAUCCAGUCUUAUGGCCUCAAUGAAUUACUUAUAUUUGAGUCAUAUGUAUGGACUGGGGUUAAUUAAGCUUAGAAUUUUUUUUUUUUUUGGGGUAGUUCAGUAGCAGGAAUUGAGUUCAAGACGUAGUGUUCCAAUCAUGAGCAACCACCCACUCAAGCCCAAGCACGAUUCCUUAUUAAGCUAGUUAAUAUGCAAUGUUUUGUUACUCAGAAUAAACCUUGUUUCAAGUUAUAUAAUCUUUGGUAACAUUUGUUGCCCAUUAGCGACAUUAUCAUCCGUGCUCAAACCAUAAUGACAUAUGUAGCUUGUUUUUGUUGUAACUUCCUCACUUCAACUCCAAUUUAUGAACUAAUUUUUUAUAUA